AUGUCCGUCUUUAAAACAAAAUGUUGCUAUGAAUUUCUGAUUUCAAAUGUUUCCAAGAUCAAUACCACCGUUUCAGUGUACAGCCCCCCCUUUGCCACGUCGCAUGAUAUGUUUUGGCAACUUGAGUUUAUACCCCUAUCUUCAGAGGAACCAGAACAUUGUGCAGCGUUUCUGUAUGCAAUUCCUAAUCAUGAAGAGGCGAAUUGCACGGGAUUAUGGACAAGAAGGAACGCGCUGACUGCGAAAAUAUAUUUAAAAAAUGCAAAAAAUAAUGCUUAUUUUAAGAAACAAUCUGUUAAGAUGAAUUCAUUUUCGGCAAAAUUAUCUGGGUGGGGCUGGGAAGCUUUCUUUAGUAAAGCAAACUUACCCGAUCAUGUCUUGAUUGGUGUCGAGUUUGACCGGGCUGAAAUGGGUCUUGUUUCGCAAAAAUGGCCUCUUCCAAGUAAUCCGCAAUUACACGAACCCGUACCUCAAGAUUUGAUAAAAGCGUGGGAAGGUCAAUUGAACAACCCAACAACAUCUGAUUGCAUAUUUAAUGUUCGGGGGGAACUAAUUUAUGCAAAUUCCGCAAUAUUAUCUGCUAGAUCAAAAUAUUUUGAACCCCUUUUUAAGGGGAAAUGGUUAGAAUCAGACCCGACAAAGCAAGAAUAUCAGCAUACAAUACUGAAGGAAAAAAGAAACAUUGAUUCAUCCAUAUCAAAAUACAGUCACGUAAUUGAAGUUACUGAUUUUCACCAUCAAACUUUUCUGGAGAUGUUACGAUUUCUUUAUACCAACAAGGUUACAUUUGUUGAGAUAGGGGACUCCAAAGUCACUCCUUUAGAUCUUUUCAAAAUUGCUGAUAAAUACUUAAUUGAUGAUUUGCGUCAACACGCAAAGUCGGAGAUAUUCAAGAACCUUAAAAUUGAUGAUGCAGCUGAAUUUCUUUUUGGUACUGCAUGGAAAUACCCGGAGUUGAAAGAGGAAACAAUGAAAUAUGUAGUUCUUAAUUUUGUUGCAGUUAGGCAAACAUCUGCAUUUAAAAAUAUUUUGGCUGACCCUUCCAACUACCCGUCAUAUGCCGAGUUACUGAAUGAGUUGCUGGCAGAAUUAUUUCCAGCAACUGGAAGUACGGAGAGUAUGAACACAGGAAAGUCGGCUAAGGAAGAAAUGAUUUAG